UCUCUUUAUUGCACAUGGUAUACUACAUUGGUUCUACUGUUGUAAGCUUGCAUUCUGUUCAAGUUUUUUUUUUUUUAAGCAGAAAAUGCCUCACCCUGCAGAAGCUCUGAUGACAUCACGCCAUGUGAUGAUAUGUGAUGUCAUCAGAUGACAUGACAAAUCAACAGGUGAUGUCAUGUCAUCAGGUGAUGUCACAUGUCUUCAGGUGAUGUCACAUGAUAUCAUUUGAUGUCACAUGUCAUCAGGUGAUGUCACAUUGUCGCAUCUUAAAACUAAUAAAUAUACCUGCCUUCCUCUCCAUCUGCCAUCUCAAGAUUUCAAGUUUGCUUCCUUAAAGAUUAGAUACGAAAAAAAAUCUCAUCAAAAAUGACCAACAAAGUGUGCAAGCUUUUCAUUGGUGGACUCUGUGUGAACACGAACGACGAUGGGCUGCGCAAGCAUUUUGAGCAGUUCGGCACCCUCACUGACUUCGUUGUCCUUCAAAACAAGAAUGCACAACGAUCUCGCUGUUUUGGCUUUGUGACCUACUCUACACCAGAGGAGGCCAACGCAGCCAUGGCAGCAGCCCCGCACUCAGUGGAAGGGAACAGUGUUGAAGUUAAACGAGCUAUUCCAAAAGCAAAGGACAAUAAGUCUGAAGCUUUUGCCAAGGGGGAGAAAAUCUUUGUUGGUGGCUUGAAAAACAACAUUAAAGAGUAUCACCUCACCGACUACUUCUCUCGGUACGGUCCAGUCGAAAAGUCUGAAAUCCUCUUAGAGAAGGAGACCGGAAAGAAAAGAGGAUUCGGCUUUGUGCACUUCACGCAUCACAAAACGGCAGACUUGGCCUUGGUUGAGAAGUACCACACAGUGAAUGGACACUUAGUUGAAGUAAAGAAAGCUGUUGCCAAGCAAGAGAUGCAGGCAGGUAACAGAACUGAAACAACACCAAGACACAAGCCAGGCCCAGGAAUGAUGGAAAACCAAAAUGGCUACGGCAGCUUCGGUUUUGUGACCUACUCUACACCAGAGGAGACCAACGCAGCCAUGGCAGCAGCGCCGCACACAGUCCAAAGGAACAGUGUCAAAGUCAAAGGAGCUGUUCCAAAAGCAAAGGCCAAUGGUUCUGCAGCUCCUGCCAAGGGGGAGAAAAUCUUUGUUGGUGGUUUGAAAAACAACAUUGAAGAGUAUCACCUCACUGACUACUUCUCUCGGUACGGUCCAGUCGAAAAGUCUGAAAUCCUCUUAGAGAAGGAGACCGGAAAGAAAAGAGGAUUCGGCUUUGUGCACUUCACGCAUCACAAAACGGCAGACUUGGCCUUGGUUGAAAAGUACCACACAGUGAAUGGACACUUAGUUGAAAUCAAGAAAGCUGUUGCCAAGCAAGAGAUGCAGACAGCAAACAGAACUGAAACAACACCAAGACACAGGCCAGGGCCAGGAAUUACGGAAAACCAAAAUGGCUACGGCGGCUUCGGCUUUGUGACCUACUCUACACCAGAGGAGACCAACGCAGCCAUGGCAGCAUCGCCGCACACAGUCCAAAGGAACAGUGUCAAAGUUAAAGUAGCUGUUCCUAAAGGAAAGGCCAAUGGGUCUGCAGCUCCUGCCAAGGGGGAGAAAAUCUUUGUUGGUGGCUUGAAAAACAACAUUGAAGAGUUUCACCUCACCAACUACUUCUCUCGGUACGGUCAAGUCGAAAAGUCUGAAAUCCUCUUAGAGAAGGAGACCGGAAAGAAAAGAGGAUUCGGCUUUGUGCACUUCACGCAUCACAAAACGGCAGACUUGGCCUUGGUUGAAAAGUACCACACAGUGAAUGGACACUUAGUUGAAGUGAAGAAAGCUGUUGCCAAGCAAGAGAUGCAGGCAGGUAACAGAACUGAAACAACACCAAGACACAGGCCAGGCCAAUGCAUGAUGGAAAACCAAACUGGCUAUGGCGGCUUGGCUUAUGGGGAGUGUUGCUGCCCUUGCCACCUCUCCUACUCAGAAAAUGGUAACAGAGGCUAUUCCCUACUCACAAAAUCGUUACAGAGGCAGCGGCUAUUCCUACCAGGAAAAUGA